UAAAUACUUCUUCACAGGACUCCAUGUAAUGGUCUCUAUAAAACAAUAUAUAUGGAGGUGCCUUUUAAUCCAAGCAAGGUGAUACAAUCGGUAUUGUUUAAAGUCCCCGUUUUGUCCCUCACUUUAUAAUUAUUAGCAUCACGUACGAGCAAAAAAAGAAAGAAAAAAAAAAAAUGUGUGUGUCAACCUCAAUAGUCCUUCUCUCCCAGAUAUCCUUAUGAUAUCCUUCUCUGCACCUCUCAAUCUCACUUGCUUCAAUUCCUCUCCCACUCCAUGUGCAUUAAUCCCCUCUUUAUAUACCCUUCUAUCUUCACCACAUUCCUCAACCAAUCAAUCUCUCUCUCUCUCUCUCUCUCUCUCAGUUGCUAAUCAUCACUUUGUUUCUCUCAAACUCACCAGCCACAAAAAUAUUCAGUCAUGGAAGCUCAGCAGAACAAUGUCCAUGAUCAAGAUGGCAACAACAACAACAACAUGAAAGCCCCCAGCUUUCUGUGCAGGCAAACCAGCACAAGAUGGACACCCACCAGUGAUCAGAUAAGAAUCUUGAAAGAGCUCUACUAUAACAAUGGAAUUAGGUCACCUUCUGCUGAUCAGAUCCAACGGAUCUCGGCUCGUCUCCGGCAGUAUGGGAAGAUAGAAGGGAAGAAUGUGUUCUACUGGUUCCAGAACCACAAAGCCCGCGAACGCCAGAAGAAGAGGUUCACUACUAGCACCGCCAAUGAUCAUUUCAUGAAUAUCUCAUCAGCCCCCACAGCAGCACAACCGCCCAGCAGCUUCCACCGAAACAUCAACACGCUGAAUCCUGGCCACUGGAGAUCCACCGAAGAUCAUUCCAUUCUCUACAACACUCCCUACCCUCCCUCUUACAUCACUCAUCACUCCCCUGGGAUGAUUCCGUCUUCUUCUCAUGCACCGCCGUUUGCUGCAGUUGGUCAUCACAUGGCAAGCUAUGGCUACGGAUCCAUGGCUAUGGAGCAAAGUUUUAGGGAAUGUUCAAUAUCACCAAAAGACGAAGACAGCAGUGGAAUCUCCAACAACAUCUGUCCCUACCCAUUUCUUGAGAUGAUCAACUCAACCCUAGACGAAGAAGAAGACGAGGACGGCGGAGAUGAGUCCAGGGAGAUGGCCACUCUUCCUCUUUUCCCCAUGCAUGGCGAGGAGGAGUACAAUUUCACAUCAUCCAGCAGGGGUCACUUCUAUGGUGGCUGGUAUCCUUCUGAUAGCUUUGCUGGUAGUUCAGCCAGGGCUUCCCUCGAGUUGAGCCUCAACUCCGGAGGAACUAGCUAAUCUGCCCAUCACUAUUAAUCAAAUAUGUAAGAUAUGAUUAAGCUACCUACUAAUUAAGUGUAUGUGUACGGAUGGGAGCUACUAAUUAAGUAUUAGAAAUUAACUACCUACUUUUCCUACAUCCUGAUGUUAUAAAAAUCGGUGAUUAAUCUGGAAGGGCUUCGAUCAGUCCCACAUGUAUCAUGUUCAUG